AAGCGACAUACGCAUAGGCUCGUCGAGGGCUUUUUUGAGAAUACAACAACGGGCUCUAAUUAUCGAGAGUCUUUAGACUUCGAGGACAACUUACCUGUCAUAUUAAAAACGAUACACAAUCAGCAAAAAACUACGACAACUAGAAAUCAUGUUGCUGAACACACGCAAUGGGCAUGGAGGGCCCAUUCUGAGCGCAAGAGGCCUGACGCCUUUGCCUCCUUUGACGGUCACGCCGCCAGCAGAUCUAGAUGGAUCAUGGAGACAACCCCAUCUGAGUGGCACAGGGUCUCUUAGCGGAACAGCAAAGAGCUUCUAUGUGGUGCCGAGUGUGCCGGUUCCACCGGUAUUUUUCAGGGGUUGCUCUUUUUGGUUUUGUGUACUAGCCCUUGUGUAAAAUAACUACUAGUGUAGUUCAUCUUGCCUCACGACUACAUCGACCAUCAAUCACUGACACUGUAAACACUACCACGACAGCCAGCAGCCGUCGCAGCCUCUCGAUUGUCAGCUAGUCAUGGAGGCCAGGUUGUCGAAAAUCAGCCACAUCAUCCAUAUGCGGGAGGAACACGUAACAUCAUUUAGAACAAACAUAUAUCAUCAACUUCCUUUCUACUUGUGCUAAAUGUAAAUCAUGACUGCUGCAAAAACAAAACCCCUUCAUAUCUUCACACUCCUUCAUAUCUGUUCACACUCCUUCAGAUGAUCUUCACACUCCUUCAUAUCAUAGGGUUCUUCGCCGCUCCAUCCGCCGUGCCCUCUUUCGUCCCAACAGCUACAGGCAGUACAACGCAACAAAAGCCUAAUCCAGGAGACAUUGACAUCACCCAAAAUCCUGCAGAGAACUCAGCGACGGUUUUAUCAAUGGCCGAACUCGAUGAAGAGGAAGAAGAGGAAGAAGAAGAGAGCCUUCACGAGCAAGCUAGUAAAGCAACGCAAGUGGUAGAGCAUGUAGGCAAUCUGAUGGGCACAUUGCAGAAACUACAUGGAGUUAAGGCUGCCGCUCCAGAAGUACUAGUGCGACAACCUCGAGAUGAAUUAUAGGUUCUAUUCUUCGUCAUGUGGAUGUGUCCUUAAUGUCGUCCUUGGCUCCUUUUUCAAGCAGAAAAAGGACGUCGCAGGGAUGUCGUGUUCAAGGAUGCGACGUGGUAGCUCUAAUGGAGACAACAGAAAAUGGAAAACGAAGUACAUGCAAGCGAAGAAGGAUUCAUUUGCGAAAUUUUUCACGGAGACAAAUCGUAUUAUUUCUCUUUGGACGACCAUGACGAUGACUUACUGUAGUUACCCUCCGUAUCUUUUAGAUGGACCACCUGAGGUGUGAAUACGAGAAGUAGAUAAGUACUUACUCAUCAUGAACAUGUAGAAAACUCUACGCUCCGAAGACUCCGUUGAUAUCCUGCUUAUCCAGGAACAUGAUCUUCGUCCUUUCUUCCCUGUUAACCUUGGGCUUAUCCAGGAACAUGAUCUUCCUUUCUUCCUUAUUAAGCUAAACAAAAACCAUGUUAAUCUAAACAAAAAACCAGUCGGCUGCCAAGCGCAUAUGUUUCAGUUAUGGCAUAAGAUAGCCAGAGAAGAGGUUUUAGAACGAAAUAUUGUCGCACUGGAAGCCCAAUUACGGUCAACAAACGAAUCGAAGGCAGCAGAAUUGAAUGCGCUGGAAGCGCAACAAGAUUUGGGUACUCCUCUAGAGGAGUGAUACUGCCUUACAUGAUUUUGAAAUGAGAACAACAGAAGACAGCGCAUCAGGGUCUUGGUCAAUGGUAGUCUCCUGAGUGAGCUCAUAUUUAUUUCUAAGCCCCUGAGAAGAUGAACAAAGCUCCUCUUAUACUCUCACAGAAUUUCGCCGAAGGGAGAAAGAAGUCGAAACCACGGAAAUCGAGCAUCAUAGGCAAUUAGAGGAGCUUGCUGGUUUAGUUACGCAGGUCCAAGCCGCUCUGGAGGAGUGCAAUCAAAAAUUCGACGAGAACAAAGGCAUCAUACGAGAUUUCAGGGUAUGACAUACACGAGAUAAUGUUUGUAAGUAGAAUAUUCAUGCGGAUGAUUAUAUUAGCAAAAUUCGAUAUUGACGAGUACUGAAACGAUCUUGAUUUCUUCAACUACGAUUGAUGUAUUUGAAUGAUCGUCCUCUAGUACUAGAACUCAUCGAUUCGUCUCGUCAGUUACGCCUCUCCGGCAUCUCAAGUGCACCUCCUUCUGGAGAAGCCUCGCCUAGGAUGGACCCAGGACUCAAGACCGAAUUUCUCAGGGUCCAGCUGCAUGAAAUGUUGCAAGUUAUGAAAAUUUCAAAUUCAAUGUGUAAGCAGCAAUUUAAUGUAGAACUUAGUAGGUGUGCUUCUUAUAAUUAUUUUAAAUAUAUCCUCGUCCUGCUACAGGGUGGAAAGUCAGAGUCUAACCCAAGAAAACCCUUGUGCUUUUACCUCACGCAAAAGGUUAUCUAACACCCCCAUCGAUCCCCGCUAUGUCCCGCCAAUCGGCAGCGCCUUGACGAAGGACCCAGCUGCUCCUCAGUCUAGCGCACCAGGUAGCCGCAGUGCGUCAGUGAAGCGACGAACCACGACUGUUGCACGAGCGACUGUGUCCACGUCAACGGUCGUGGAGAAUCGAUGAGGAUGCCAAAAGUUCUUGGUUUGAUAGAUAAAAGUAAAUUAAUAAGUUACUUAAGGUAUUAAGCCUGAAGCUCUCGAGGUGGAGGUAAAGGUAUCAUCGCUAUCUUGGUUGUAAGAUUAAAAAUAUCAUCAAAAACUGACACUUAUUGUGCAUGAUGUUGAUUCAGAAUGAACGCUGAAAGAUUCCAGAAGUAUUCAGUCUAUUGCUGCUAGCUUUUCUUUCUUAGUUACACAAAAACCAGAUAGAUACUCAGUCACACAUUCUUGGGGAUGGGUGUCUAUCAAAAGUAAAGAUACACUUGCACUUCCUGCUCAAUCCAACUCAUCGUGAAUGAAAACGGACAAUGAUCAUGUCAAAAACGAUACCAAUGAAUAAAACAUCCCCGGAUACCGAUGAAAAUUAUUCUAAAACGAACUAAUUCUGACUAUUGCUGCUGACUAUUUUCCCAAAUUGUUGCAUGCUAUUGCUAUGACCGAGAUGACCCGUGAAUAGACAGAUUUUUUGAGUCGUCAUCAAGGACUUGUCGAAAGUUGUGAAGAUGUACUAGUCCCAUUUAUUUUACCGAAUAAGUACAACUACAAGGCUACCGUUACUGUACAGAGAGCUGCAUAGAAAACCUCCAUAAGUACUUUCUUACUCGAAAUUAUACACCGCGACACAGCUGUCAUGAAUAUCGACGUCUUUCUAGAGGACUGUCUAAGUAUAUGAUCACUCUAGACUAUAUGUUGGAGCAUUCGAACACAGACUGUUAAGUCGCGUCUAGUUUCUCACUGAGAAGCGCUUGAGUUUGAUACGGAUUGCACUAACAGCCUGAGACAAAUGGUCUCUGGCUGCUUUGAUCCCUGUGGAUGUUCAUUGGGGUUGAAAGGGAAGGAAGUCUCAGCUUCUUCAUUGGGAUAUCAUGAUGCAUGGGGAAGCUUUCACAUGCUUCAUAUGGGAACGCCUAUGCUAUCAUCAAUGAUUCACACGAUCAUCCAUAUGUUCUCUGAUCUGAUCAGAACUGGCAAAACAUUACGAACCUGAUUACAGCUAUGAACAUUCAUUAUUUCUGCUAUCGGAAUACGUUGAAGGCCCUUUGCUUGUUGAUCGUCGAUUUUGGAACCAUAUGCAUUUAGGUCUGUAGGUUAUCUUGAGAUCUUUCCUGUGUUGCUUUGUCCUUGACUGUUUUGGGAGGCUUGAGCCACAUACGAGAGAGAGAGGAGAAACCGCCGACACCCGCGCCAACUAAGGCCAACGCGUUGAAAGUGGUGCCGGUGGGUACCUUGUUCGCCUGGCGAUCUUGGUCAUUUUGAUGAUCUUCAUCCUUCUGAUCUUGGUGGAUCUUUGUGAUGGUUCAAGGAUUUACGACCAUGACCAACACCCCUCCUCAAUCGUUGCGUGUCGAAGUCCCUAGUCUCUGGACUAUCCACGGAAGUCAUAUCUCCUAACUAUUCGUCUAUGACUACAGUCUACUUGUCUAGAAACCAAAGUAAACCCGUAUUGAACUAGUUGGCCACUUCUCCGAGGCGAGCACAGGACGGGCCGGGCCCUUCCUCUGGGUCACCGUGUCUAACCUCGUAUCCAGGCCUUGCCCGGCGGCUUCACAGCAUGGACGCCGUUCCUCAGCCCUCCCAGUGACGGGUGUGUCGAGUUCUGACAUCAGUCGGAUUCGAACCCUGCGUCAUUCAGAUCCGGAGAAACUGAACUGAGACACUUGACCACUAGGCGAAAUGGCUACUCUCUUUUUUUUUUUGUAAGUUAAAUCAUCAUAGUUGGCCUUGUUUGUCGGGUUAUCUAUGUGGUGAAAUAGUAGUCUACGUUGAGACGAGCUACGUUCUAGGUUAGUUAAGCCAUCAGCCUUCACUAAGUUAGUUAGUUGGGCAGAAAACUACCUUACUCGCCGCAUCACGCACACGCAAGUAGCGAAGUGCAUAAUGGCGACUCUUCGGGCAUGUGUCAGUUGCUUUAGCUGUUGUGAUCGCGGAUUGGUUGUCGAUCCAGAGCGCAGCAUUGUCUAAAGAGGGAGGCAAGCCGUUCUGUGUGUGCACCAACUGAGUUGGUAGAGGCCUAUAGAAGUCGGCAAAGUCAUGCAGUUCACUAAGCACAAUUGUGUCAGAAACUGCAGCAUAUUCACUCUCAGCCGUAAAAUAAGCACGGACAGUUUUGCCGAUUACUUCUCCAAGCGAUUGGAACGCCUUUGAAAUUUAAUGCAUGGUCCUUCACUUGCGUUCCCAUAGUUUUCACGCAGUUGGCGAAGCCUGCAUCACUAACGAUAUUCACCUCUGGCCUAUCUCUGCCUUCAGGUAAUAACUUUGAAUAGAUCUUGUUGAAUUCUUCUUCUUGUUCUGGUGAGUAUUCCAGUCCUUGUUCUCUUGUCACCAGAUACUUCAGCACUUUUCUGGCUGCUUUAACCAUUCUUGUUGACGUAGGUUAGCUGUCACGUCUAACCAACGCCUGCCACCGGUACAGAGAUGUCCGGGCGCGCGGUUACAGCUACCCAUAGCAAGGCGCCAACUACCUCACGAUAAGGAUACCCAUCGACUAUCUUGAUCCCCUCCUCAAGAAAAGUCGACUCGUCAAAAUAGGGCGAGUAAACCGGAUUCCCGACUUGGAUUUCAAAUCUCUUUGCGAUUCUAUCAGUGUACUCUUCCACGUUGAGCCGAAACGUUCGAGCUUCACGACAGUAGUACACGACGGCACCUAAGAAGUCCCUGGCGACAUCUUGAGGAACUUCUCUGGUGCUUUCGCUCUCGGUUUUCUCCAUAAGCCUGGCGCAGAGUCACACGGUUCCCAGCCAAGAGCGGCUAGUAUGUCGUGAUAUUUCUUGAACCAUGCUCGUGGUGCGUCCUUCAAGCCGUAUAAGGCCUUCUUGAGCUUCACGAUCUCGCGUCCAUGCUUCUCUGCCCAGAUGGAUGGGAGACGACAGAAGACAUCGCGAUCGAGUUCAGCAUUGAGGGACGCAGAAUCUAAAUCGAACGGGAUCACGUAGUCCUGUUCUGACGUAGCAGAAGCCAGGAGCAACCUACUUGCGGCAUGUGAAGCUACGGGAGCAAAGGCGUUUAGCUCUCCUGAUCGAUCUAGAUUACCGACGACACAAGCGCAGGCCUUGCAUCUUCCACGUCUUUUGAUAGUUAGAAUUAUGGCAAUUGGUCGAGCCUGUCACGCGGUCGCGAGCUCCUCGUCAGAAGCUGCUUUCCACGUUUCAAAGGCUAGCAGUCUCGCACGCUCUUUCUCAGUAACCUCCUGCCACUUAUCGGCAUCAGGCGACUUGAGUGCUUGAGUAACAGACAAAAUCGCAUAUGAUUCGACGAGUUCCUCAUCUUCGUCGAGUUCACACAUGCCACCAACUGCACUAGCGAACAGCGCCAUGCCCUUUCUCAAUUCUUCUAACUCUUUCUUUGUUCUUCGUACCCUGCUGCCUGCCUUGUCCUUAGCUCCUUUUGGUCGGCCACGCUUCUCGCCGUGUGUAUGGCGUUCGCCUGCCACAACACGUGCUGGAGAGGGCGCUUUCAACCUAGACGGACUAAGCGGAGCAGAUGUCGCGCGAUCCUUCGCUUCAACUUUCCCCUCCUCAGGUGAAACACCUUUAGGAGAGUCAGCUGCGUUGGAUUCCUCUACUUUAUCCAGUAAUCUCUUCGGAAAUUCCGGUCGGUCCACCUGGAAUGUGCUCCGUGCCAGAGAACCCCGAUUGAUGGCCCAGCCUUAGCUCUGACUGUCCAAGCAAGGGGGAGCCCAGCUACGACGCGCCACCCAGCAGGUUUCCCAGUUCGUCAGACUCUAUGUAGAUGCCCUUUGAUCUGGCAAAAGCCAACCAAUAUUCUUUAUUAAGUAGUCCUCUCUGAACAACCUUUACAUCUCGGGUAGAGUAUUCCGCCCAUCGAUGUCCAAGCUUGCAACGAUCGCCAUGAGCGAACGUCCCAACCAACCAACCAGACGACUUCGGACAGAAUCCAAGGGAAGACGCCACGGCGGCAUUUGGCCAAGAGCUUGGGUUCAGGAGGGUUGGCUUGAAUUUGUUCACGAAAGUAAACUAGACAACCAAAUCGGCGGGGCAUGCCGAUUGAACUCUUCGAAGAGUUUCUACCAGUCCUAUUGGACUCUUUCCAUCAUUUUGAGGCAUUUUCCCGUAGUUAUGCGGUAAACAAUCCCAGCAGUCACCAGCGUGCUCGACGUAGUAACUUCCAGAGACGUUUAUCAACUUAGUCAGCAUUGUGCGAACACUGCCGAACAAAGUCCGCAGAAAACGUUCGCAGGUCUCAUUCAAUCCAGAUUAUAAGGAACAGCCGGACUGUCUGAGACUCGCAGCGAUUGCAUAACUUAUUUGGUCACGUCGUCACUGCUCAGGACAGGUUCUCCAUCCCUCCGGAGGAACCAUACUGCCUUGUCAUAUAGAGAUAAGGAGUAGUCCUGGCGAAUGCCUUUUGUCACUUCUUCUAUUUCCUCCACACGGUCACUCUACAGCUUAAGCGGUCGACGCGCACCUUCUUAAUUACAUUACAGAAAUCACUAGAGCACAUCUCUUUGACCUAACUGAUGCGCCUUCGCAGUUCGAAGUAUCUCUAUUGGUUUGCAUAUGGUGCGCGUUGGCCUUUCUGUAGAUCGCACUCAGGACAAUUUACCUGGAGGCCAUCUAUGUGAAAGUGCCGACACCGUCUAUGACGUUCGAGUCUUGUAAGAUAACACUUACUGACUCCCUCUUCUACUGUUGAACAAAUAUAACCACUAUCAGUCUCUUCUUUGAGUAAGUUUGUGCGCAAGUGUGGAAGCUGCAGGCGUGGAUGGUUUCUUAUGGGUAUGGCCUGGCCGGUGUCCGUAUGCACGAGACAACCGCCUGCGCCUUUGAAGUUGAAUCCCCAUCCUAAUUGCGAGCAGUUCCCUCCACCUAGCCAAGGCAUAAUGCGAUCUAAGUCCUUUUUCCAGCGCUACCAGUAGUCCUGCAAAUUCUCAUAGUUAUAUCAAUAGCCUAUCUCUGUGUCUUGAGAGAUACUUGCUUGCACAACUAUCAACCAAGACAACCUCUUUUCUUGCAGCAAUGGAACUAGUUGAAAGACUACGUCCUAUCAGUUUUACUCCCCCACUAUUAUCCACAGCUAUUCCGUCUUCAGUCUCGUCAUCGUCCAAAUUCAGCGAGCAAAAUCCACUCUCCACCGGUUCCGCGCCUCGGCUCUGCCUUGCGACAUUUUGGCUGCGUCCUCCCGGGUGGUGACUCCGUUAGGAAUACCAUGAGGAGCUGCCGCCACGUCAACUACAUUCGGGUAGUUUUGAGGCAAGUCGAGUUUCUUCGCAGGACAUCUUGUCUCUACAUGAAUUUCUACCCUAUGUUGAGCCAGACUCAAGGGUCAAAGCAGUGUUGGAGCAUUCGAACACAGACUGUUAAGUCGCGUCUAGUUUCUCACUGGGAAGCGCUUGAGUUUGAUACAGAUUGCACUAACAGCCUGAGACAAAUGAUCUCUGGCUGCUUUGAUCCCUGUGGAUGUUCAUUGGGGUUGAAAGGGAAGGAAGCCUCAGCUUCUUCAUUGGGAUAUCAUGACGCAUGGGGAAGCUUUCACAUGCUUCAUAUGGGAACGCCUAUGCUAUCAUCAAUGAUUCAUACAAUCAUCCAUAUGUUCUCUGAUCUGAUCAGAACUGACAAAACAUUACGAACCUGAUUACAGCUAUGAACAUUCAUUAUUUCUGCUAUCGGAAUACGUUGAAGGUCCUUUGCCUGUUGAUCGUCGAUCUUGGAACCAUAUGCGUUUAGGUCUGUAGGUUAUCUUGAGAUCUUUCCUGUGUUGCUUUGUCCUUGACUGUUUUGGGAGGCUUGAGCCACAUACGAGAGAGAGAGGAGAAACCGCCGACACCCGCGCAAACUAAGGCCAACGCGUUGAAAGUGGUGCCGGUGGGUACCUUGUUCGCCUGGCGAUCUUGGUCAUUUUGAUGAUCUUCAUCCUUCUGAUCUUGGUG